GCGGGGCCAAGACUGCGACGGCGUCACCAGCUAGCUCAAGCCUUCAGCGCUCUGCAGGGAAAAAAUAGGUGAAAACUUGGUGAUUUCCGAAUAAAUAUUGACUAAAUCGGUCUUAUUUUUUGGAGGAGGAGCAUGAGUUCUUUUCCCCGGCUCCUCCGCUGCGGUGAGUAGUCGGUGGAGGACGUGCUUUAGGAGAGGGGCUUCCGCGGGGGUUGCUGACUGUCUGCUAGCUGACCGGCUAGCUGCAGUAAGUUUGUGAAGUGAAGAGGCGGAGAGAGGAAGAGAGGAGACGGCGGCGGCGGAGCUACACCGACACUUAUGCGACUGAAUUCAGGUGAGUGAUGGAUACAAGAGAGUUGUCCGUGGUAGCCGGAAGCUUCAUCGGGUUCCAGCUAUUUUUUUCUGGCGUCAGUCCUCUAGUCUCAUCUACCUUAACAGAGGGCUAUGGAAAACUCCCACCUCAUAAACUGAAUGAGUGGAAUUCCAGGCUGGUGUCCACCAUCCAUGCUCUAAUCGUGGGUCUUUUCUGCCUCUACAUUUUGUGGUUUGAUGACGCAGUCAACGCAGACCCUGUCUGGGGAGACCCCAAUUUGGUAAAGCUCAAUGUCGCCAUAACCUGUGGCUACCUGUUGUAUGACCUUCUGCUGCUAGCUUGCAACUGGAGCACUAUGGGAGACAGCUUUUUUGUGUGUCACCACUUGGCGGCACUCUAUGCAUAUGGUUAUGUGCUGACGCGAGGAGUGCUUCCAUAUUUCGCAAACUUCCGGCUCAUUUCAGAAUUAUCAACACCGUUCGUGAACCAAAGAUGGUUCUUCGAUGUUCUGGCCUACCCUCGUUCUCACCGGCUGGUGGUAGCCAACGGGGUGGCCAUGGCAGUGGCCUUCUUCCUGGUACGGAUCGCGGUGAUGCCCCCUUACUGGGCGAAAGUCUUCGGCACAUUCGGCACUCCAGCCUUUGAGAGGCUGGGUCUGGGGGCCCAGGUGGCCUGGAUCGUAUCCUGCGUGUGCCUGGAUAUACUCAACGUGGUUUGGAUGUACAAGAUCGCCCGCGGCUGCUACAAGGUCAUCACCGGCUCAAGCGGCAAGAAGAAAGCCAGCAAGGCUCAGCCCAACCAUAUGAACAACCACACAGACUGAAGCAACAAAGAGAAGAGGGAGGGUGAUGGAGGUUCGAACGGAGAGCCAGUGGUGUUAUGGCCUAUGGUUUUAGAAAAGUAGUCUCCCCUGCUGGAUCAGGAAACUGCUGUUUAUUUGCCAUUAUACUCUGAGAUUUAAAAAAACAAACUUCUUUGUUUCACUCGUGGAGAGUAGGUGGUGUCUAUGAAUCCAAGCAGUGUUUUCUCCAAGGUUCUGCAUUGCUCUGAUCACCUGCCUGGGUUGGUGAGCAUCAAGUGGCCUAAUGGUAACAAACAUCUAAAAAAGCAUACAGUACAGAAUUGAACUGCCACUUCAAGCCACAGCCAAACGCCCAGUCCACUCAAGUGCCUCAAAACACAAGGACAAGCAAUAGAACACAGAUGGAGUUAUACAUAUGAACAACUUGGCCAUUACAUCUUUGGAAACUAAGUUCUCACUAGCUUCCCUAGUGAAGCUUUUUCCUUCUCUGUGAUCCGGCAAGAUGUGCCACCUUCUGUCAGAGACUGGCUUUAAGAGGUCUUCCUGUUUCCUGUAUACAAUGAACAUAGACACACCACUGUGCCUCUUACCCAUAGGUUUUGGAGCGCUUCACUUCAGACCUCACUCCAGCAGUGUUUUGGAUGAAGCAUGGUGUUUUCAGUAGCUUAAAGCAUCCCCACAUUUUGAAAGCUUCUCUGUUCGCGUCUCCUUAUCUCCCCUCCGCUGAAAACCACAAAUAGUUUACAUCUCAUCUUAACUUCACACUACGUUCACACCCCUGGUUUGAUCCGUCCAAUGCUAAAAUCUAAUCUUUACCUCUGCUCCAUCUCACUGAGGCUAUCGGUGUGGUGGUGGCUGCCAGGCACUGAAAUAGACUCAGCAGGAUCUCGGCAUGGAGUGGUGUUCUGUCAUAAUCUGCCGACAUUAUUUGCAACCUCAAGUAUUAAAACUCGAGUCUCUCUGUGACCACAAGACCAUAGUCCACAGUCGAAAGACCACAAUCACUCUUUCAUCCGUCUUCACAUUAACGGGUUGUGAGAAACAAAGAGAAGUGUCCUGCAGGUGCCUUCUCCAAUGUUACAAGGUGCUGCUAAUUUCACCAUGGAUGUCUCCUACAGGCGUGGCAGCAUCAAUGCCUGAGGAGCUCCAUUAGAUGGUAUUAAUUCUGAGUGUACAGUAGCUAAGGGGCACAGAAGCUUCUCCAAGCUUCGUUUUAAGCCCGGCGCUGUGGAUCAUUUCUCUCUGGUCACUUCAGUAGGGCAUUACUGUAUUUCUAGUUUACAAUGUAUGACUCUCAGUCAAUUCCUCUGGAGCUCCUCAAGCUUCUGUUGCUUCAAACCUACAAUAGGAUCAGGAGUCUUCUAAACUUCUGAAGAACCUGAGUUAACUCAUAAUCCAUAAUCUCUCACAUUCAUUGUGUACUUUAUUCAUUAUCUCACUGAGAUGGCCUCAGUAGGUGACAUUUAUUAAAAUGUCAAGAACUUGUCAGAUUUUGCUUUGUUUGAUGCCGAAAACGACUACGAUUCGUCCUCUGUGGUGCUUCUGUCUCACCAGCCAGUGCUUCUGAAUGGUAUGUAUUCAAGGCUUGAGUGCACAAACACAAGACUAUGUUCUUAAUUUCGAAUGUAUUCAGUACGGGAAGCACAGAUAAUCGGUAUUCACUUGUGUAUAUGCUAAUACAUGUAUUUUAGCUUAUGUUACACUUAAGCAUGAACAUCAGCUGUAAGUUCAGCAGCUUUGCUGUGAAAGUAUUGCUAUGACAACAUGUAUGCAGGUUGCAUGAAUUUUAAGUAAUGUUACAAAAGCAAACUGCACACAUCCUCAAGUAAUUCGCCCUAUCAUGAUACGGGCUGAUUUCAUUAUGGCUUUAUAUAUCAAUCCAAUUCAUAUGUUAUUAUUUUAAGAUCUGUGAUGAGCAUCACAAGACGUUCCUAGUAUUCAGGUCGAUGGACAACAGAUCUCCUAAUUGUGGGCACUGGCCAAGCAUGGCACUUUCCGUUCCUGUGAAUUUGGUACACUUCAGACAAAUGACUGCCUCCAGUCAACUCAUUAUCUUGAUAUAAUGAACAUACGUGGCAUUACAUAUGUUCAAUUUUUUUUCACUCUCAUAAAAUCGCUGUUUUUCUUCAUCUCACUAUUUAGUGCAGUGCUUUUUUCCUGCCAAGUAGGCGUAUUACCCAAGAGUCGAUCCAUGUUGGAGCCAGUAUUUUUGUCUCAAAAACCAGGUACAGCUCCCGAAAUGAAUGUUUUUUGGGUUUUUUUUUUCUUUUUCUUUUUGCUUGUCUGGAAUUGUAUGCGACCAUCCACUCGAAAAAUGCAUGGUUAGAGAAGACCUUGAUGCGUAGGGCUGAGGGUGGGCAUUGUGGGAAAUGUAGUUUAUUGCCUUAUGUCCACAUCUCCUGCUAACCAAAUACUUUCCCAGGCCUUCAACAUUUUAAAGCUGUGACAAGAAAAGUGUAUAUUUUUUGGAAGGUUUUGAGACUCGAGGGGAAGAAGAUUGGAUUCUGCAUGUGUAAUUACAAUGUAAUUAUCUCAAGUAAUGCUGUCUGAAAGGAGUUAUGGCUUGUGGUUCCUGUGAAUAGAGGAUGCAAGAAGGUUAAUAUGCACAGCAUAACGUCUAACAGCUGUGCCCUGAGAUGGAUCUGUUGCUUUAAGCCAUGUACAGUUUUAUUUUUCAGUGGAUCUGUGGAUGGAUGAAUAGCAAGUUGCACCACUUUGACUGGAAAUCACAGCGAAUGACCACUAAAGAUACUGUAACUUUCUGUACAGUUAUAGACAGUGCAUCAGUGAAACAAAACCUUUUCUAAUAUUUGGAUUGUCGUAUUGUUAGUUGUUUGUUAUUUGCACAGGCAUGCGGCUUUUCUUUUUUUGUUUGUUUGUUUUCUUUUGGGAGGGUGAUAAGUAAUGUGAUAACACAUGGGCUUGUAUAAGCACAUGUUUCUCUGACCAUCAUCUGUAAGGUUAGCAUAACACUAACAUCUCAUCUGUUUCAUGGCAAAAAUGGUACGACCAGCAUUCUAUAGCUGUAAAGUUAGCACACGGCUAACAUUUACGUCUCCGCUUUUGACUUUACGCGUAAAGUAUGUUUUCAGAAUAGCUACCUAUCCUUUGUUUCCUCUGUACCUUUAUAAAGUCAAUGAAAUGCUGUCAUGCUGCAUGUAUAGAACACCUAAUAUACAGUGAAUCAGUACUGAGUUUGACUUGUCUCGUUGAUUUUGUUCCAAUCUCUUGGCCAGUCACGUUCCAAUAUCAACAAAUCAGAUCAUGUACAAAAUUGGAGGGGAGAGUAUUUUGCUAUAUGGGCCAAGUGUCAUGAAAAAAAGACUAAUGCCAGCAAUAAUAAACAGAAAUAAGUAAUAAUUAAGAAUUAACUAACGAUAAGAACAGAGUGAUUAAUAUAAAACCAAUCAUAUUGUAGCUCAUUUUGCUUUCCACUAAGUAACUCCUUUUAUUUUGUCUUUUAAUGGAAUACUCUGUAUAUUUCCCAUUUGAUUUUAAUGUGAAAGUGUAUGUUACAGUGGGCACUGCGAGCCUCUGUCUCAGCACUCAUAUAGCAUGGCCACGACAUGUCCUAGCAGCAGUUGAGUCUUACUUGAAAGUGUUGCUCUUCAAUAAAUUUGAGGGCAUUGAAAACCAG